AUGUCGCUUUCGCUCUGGCAAGUUCCUCUCAUGAUGGAUCGUUUAAUGGACGGUUACACCCAUAAAGUGGAUCGCACUCUACAUCCGUAUUGGAAGAAUGCUGAUCACUCUACUUUACAUGUGGGUAAAGAGAUGCAGGUAAUCGACGACGAGAAAAGAUUUUUCGUGUCACUGUAUGUGUCGCAAUUUCGUCCAGAAGAGCUGAGGGUGCAUUUGGAUGGCAGAGAGCUAAGUGUGGAAGGAAAGCAAGAACAUAAGAUUGAAAAUAACCUCAUCCACAGAUCGUUUAUUCGCAAAUGGACGCUUCCGGAAAGUGUGGACUUAAAAUCUGUACAUACGCAGCUCACCCACAAAGGCCAUCUCUGCAUUGAAGUACCCAAAAAGGAUCCGAAAAGACCUGACAAAAGGAACAUUCCAAUUGUGCCCUAUCCAAGAACUAGGGCUUAA